AUGGAUUUGAAUGAGGUAGGUGAUAUGGAUUUCGAGAAAAAUGAUAAGAAAGAAGAUGAGGAUGAUGACAUGAUUGUGAGAACUGCCCAAAUUCAUGAGCCUCAUCCAACUCCAACUCGGCCAACUCUAACUCAUCAUUUUUUUCCUUAUUACCAACACCCUUCUUGUGAGGUUAAUAAUGAAUACAAUCAUUACGGACCUAUGCUUAUGCAGCAGCAGCAGCGGCAGACAUGGAUUAAUCAAUUUAUUAGCCAAAGUAUUCCACCUUAUGAUCAAUAUUAUCCACAACAACUAAUAAAUAAUCCUCCCCUAGUACACCCAAUAGCGAAUCAUUAUCAUCCCCAGAAGCCACGCAUCCAGAGGAGAACUACAAACUCAUCAUCUGAACCCACUGCCAGUGAGAAUAAUAAUGAUGACGAUAAUGAUGGGAUAGCAGCAGCCCCAUAUCCAUGGGCCAAGAAGAAACCGGGGUUUAUUCACAGCAUGGAAUAUUUGGUGAACAAUAAGAUUGUGAUGAUCGGUGGAAUGGUGAAUUGCGACAAGUGUAAAAAGAGUUUUAAAAUGGAGUUGGAGUUGAUGUCUCACUAUAAUAGAUUAAAGUCUUACAUCGCCCAGGAGAAGGGUGUCAUGAACGACCGAGCACCAGAAAUUUGGCUCAACCCGAUUCGUCCCAAUUGCAUUUACUGCCACAGUGAUAAGACCACGCCUGUGGUUGCUUCCAAGGAUGAGGAAAUCAACUGGCUAUUCUUGCUUUUGGGACAGUGGCUUGGCAUUUGUACGCUUACUCAUCUCAAGUUCUUUUGUAUGUGUACUAAGAAUCAUCGAACUGGGGCUAAGGAUCGAGUUCUUUAUCUUACUUAUCUAGAUUUGUGCAAACAACUCACCCCUCUACCGCUUUUUGAUCCUCGCAUACGUGAAGAAGAAGUGGGAGAUCAAUUGGCUGUUCUUGCUUCUUGGACAUUGGCUUGGGUGUCUUACGUUGAAUCAACUCCUUGA